CAGGCUGCCUUGAUCUGUUUUGACAAGCGAUGGAGAGGCUUUAAGAUCCGCAGAGGCAGAGCAAGAAACGAGGGACUUAACUGGGGAAGAGGGGGGUGUUUUAGUAAGAGAGUGAGGGAGCUAAAACAAAACGCCAAGAAGUCGGCAAAUGACUCCCUAUUUCAGAGAGUUAUCCUGCGUAACCGAGAGCAGUUUGAAACACCUGAAGUCGUCUGGGUGUCGGUUGCAAACCGAGACUUGAUGAUUAGAGGACAGCCGUGGACUGGGAGACUUGAAAUGAGAGCGUACCGAGAGGACAGAUAGAGAGAGGGAUGUUUUUUCAGGGCGACGGAGAAGGGGGCAUGUGUACAACAACAUAACAUCGCUUUCUUCUCCGAGGCGCGAUGGUUCCUGUUGAGUAGACCGGGCGCGUAGUAUUUUGUUUUUCGGUGACAGAGGGGACGAGAUAGCAAGUUCUCUACCUGUACGUAAGUGGCAGUCGACAGGGGUGUCCGCAUUAGAUGGCUGGCCGUAUCUAAGCUUAAGACGGAGAGAGAAAUGAGAGACGAUUAUCUUUACCUCAGGUUGGAAUAGCACCGGCUCAUUUCUUAAUUAAUUAAGACUUGAGGCUGGUUUGCCCGUGGUUACCUGGUAAGGAUGGAGUAGCCUGUCAUCGGCACAAACACGGGUCUGCUUUUGUGAGAGAGCUCUAGCAGACACGGUGGACCAGGCUUUUAGUGUUACCGAAGAAAGGUUAUGUGUUUGUGGGGUUCAGACCGCGUGUGAGGGUGACAAAGACACCCCGCGAUCGAGGAGCCAGACGAGGAAGCGGAGGGGCUACGGCGAGCCGGGGGAGGCCGACGGAGAGAACACGCAGCGGGGAUCUGAACGACACAGCGUCGACACCGGCGGAGACAUGAAGUCCGAUCGAGAGGCUGCAGAAGAAUAUUUCGAAUAUGAUGCCGAGGAGUUUCUGGUUUUCCUGACCCUGUUGAUCACUGAAGGACGAACCCCAGAAUGCUCAGUAAAGGGUCGGACUGAAGGUGUUCACUGCCCUCCAGCCCAGUCAGGGCAGCCCGUCAACACCAAGCAUGAGUGCAGUGAGAACCUACCACAGUGUCGACAAGCCAGGAGGACGAGGUCUGAGGUCAUGCUGCUCUGGAGGAAUAACAUUCCCAUUAUGAUUGAGGUGAUGCUGCUUCCAGAUUGUUGCUAUAGCGAUGAAGGACCGACUACUGAUGGGAAUGACAUAAAUGACCCUGCUGUCAAGCAGGAUGCAUUGUUGUUAGAAAGAUGGACCUUGCAGCCAGUUCCCAGACAAAGUGGAGAUCGCUUCAUUGAGGAGAAGACCCUGCUUCUGGCUGUCCGCUCGUAUGUGUUCUUUUCCCAGCUGAGUGCAUGGCUUAGUGCUUCACAUGGUGUCGUUCCCAGGAAUAUUCUCUACAGGAUCAGUGCAGCUGAUGAAGAAUUGGUCUGGAAUUUUUCUCAGCCACCAACUGAGCAUGUCUUUCCAGUCCCAAAUGUUUCCCAUAGUGUGGCUUUGAAAGUCAGUGUCCAGUCCCUUCCCAGACAGCCAAAUUACCCGGUUUUAAAAUGUAGCAUUCACACUAGCCUAACGUUCUAUGGAAAGAAGCUCCAAGGCCAGGAAGAAAGACCAAUCACGAGUGUAAACCGUUGUAACCUACAAGGGUCCUCCCUCAUAUACAAUAAACCAGCCUGGUCGCCGUCAGCAGAAACCAUAGUAAAUCCCAGGAAAUGCCCGCUUCCAGAAGUCACUUCCCCCAGCAAAGCUGUGAGAUGGUUUUAUGCCAAAUUAAAUAAUUCCUCUGAUAUUGGAUCUUUGCUGCCUAAAAAACAGGGUUAUGGUACUAUAAAUGGUGGAGAAAUUUCAAAGCUGCCUGCCUUUGAGCCACCAGUGAGAUCAUUCAAGUCCCUGACCUUAGUAGAUCCCCUUGGGCCUCCCAGCCAAGGCAGUAGACCUCCUUCAGGUGAAACCAAUCCCCUUAUUGGGUCUCUUCUUCAGGAGAGGCAAGAGGUGAUAGCUCGAAUUGCCCAGCAUUUGAAUUACUGUGAUCCCACUGCACCACAUAUCCCUGGAAGCCUGUUUAGCAACCAUGAACCACAUGGCUCAAAAGCCUUCUGGAGCUUGCAUGAAGAAGAUGGCUUUUCCAAAAAGAGCAAAGAGCCUGGCUUCCUGUGCCAUGCCUCACAAGAUGUCCCUUCCCCUGAAAACAGUUAUGAAGGGAAGAGCAGGUCCUCUCCCUUUGAUACCCCCCUGAAUCUAUGUAGCAAAGCCAAAAUUGAUGGUGGAUUGAGGCCUUCCCCUAAGCCAGUAGCAUGCAGAAGGCUGCUUCUGCCAGAAUCCGCUGAGAAUUCUAGAAUAUCAGAGGCGGUACAGGAUAUUUCGAGACUGAUUCAAGACACGUUUCAGGAGGCUCAGAACAAAUGCAAUGGUCUCCAUAAUUGCACACCCAAAACUUGCAAAGAAGGCACAUUGAAAGCACCAAGUACAUUGGAGAGAGUAUGCUCUAGUCCUGACAGUCAGUUUAAAGGCCAAGUACCAUGCCACGAUACCUCUCAAGCUUUCAUUAAAGAAAUUAGCACUGAUUUACAAAUUUGCACAGACUAUAAAAGUAGCAGAACAAAAAUUACCGACAAUAACAAACAUGACUGUUCCAUUAGACUUCAGAAUGAGGCCUGUAAAAAACUUGAAUAUGAAAAAAAUCAAUCUGAAUUGGGAACUUCAGAUAGUUUACACAAUGCCAAAAAGGACCCCAGGAACUCUUUUACUGAAGGACAUAUGGAAAGAAAUGAAGACAUUCAGGGAGGGAAUCGAUUCAAAGUCACAGACACCUCUCUGCGUACAGAUGUUGCUAAUACCAAGAGUCCAGAUCAGGUGGAUAAGUCUAAACCUGUGCAAGAUGAAAAUACAGAUCCUACAGAUUCCAGCACGUUUGCGGGCCUUACCCAGAGAGUCUCCCACGAAGAUCAAACAGUGAAGGCCGAAAGAGCACCCGCUGAUGUUGUGAGGGUUAAAGCACAGUCUCCCUUGAAGCCUUUCAACAUCUGGAAAAAGCAGAAUCGUCACUCUAUAGAUGGGACAGCAACAAAUGCCUUCCAUCCCUGCACUGGACUGCCUCUGCUUUCAAGCCCUGUUCCUCAAAGAAGAACACAGACUGGGUGUUUUGAUUUGGACACCUCACUGAUACGGUGUAAACAUCUACCAUGGUCCACAAAUAAAAGGGUGUGCUUGAAAACAAUAGAUAGAGAUGAUCAGGGACAUGUUUUUAGCACAAGUGCUCCACCUACAACAAGUCUUAGCCUCCUGGGGAACUUUGAGGAGUCUGUUUUAAACUACCGUUUGGAGCCAUUAGGUACAGUCGAAGGCUUCACAGCUGAGGUUGGAGCUAGCGGAAUGUUUUGUCCCAGUCAUAUGACCCUGCCUGUGGAAGUGUCAUUCUAUAGUGUCUCCGAUGACAAUGCACCUUCUCCUUACAUGGGUGUAAUUACCUUGGAGUCUCUAGGAAAAAGGGGAUAUCGAGUACCUCCUUCAGGAACAAUUCAAGUGACCUUAUUCAAUCCCAACAAGACUGUGGUGAAAAUGUUUGUGGUGAUCUUUGACUUGAGAAAGAUGCCAGCCAAUCACCAGACAUUCCUGCGACAAAGGACAUUUUCUAUUCCCGUGAAAAGGGAAAUGAACAGACACGUCACCAAAAAGCUCCCCCUGCUGACUGAGGAGCGAACGCUUCGCUACCUCAUACACCUGAGGUUCCAGAGCUCAAAAUCUGGAAAGAUCUACCUCCAUAGAGAUAUACGGCUCCUUUUCUCUCGGAAAUCCAUGGAAGUUGACAGUGGUGCUGCAUACGAGCUGAAGUCAUACACGGAGGCACCUUCAAAUCCUCCUUUCUCCCCAAGAUGCUAGUCAAUAUAUUCUAUAGAGGAGGCUUGUUAAAUUCAUUACUUUUUUGUCAUUCUUUGAUGUUGUUCUAGAAGAGCUCUAGUCCUUCCAUUUGACCACGGACCACAUGGCAUCAAAAGGGCACUGUGUAUUUCCACAUUAACUGGAAAUUAAAAUAGUAAUAUUCUAAUACCUUUUGUACUGUUACAGAACCACUUUAUUGGAAGUGUUGCAAUAGGAAGAGAAUCUUAACUAGUUUAGUGUUUACAUGUUUAUUUUGUCAGUUAUUUAAUAUUUAAAUUAAUAUUUCAUUUACUGCACACAUGUUGUCAGUCAUUCUAAGCAUUAUAAUGUAGUGUAAACCUAUAUGUAAAUCAUUCAAUGUAUUUUUGACAAUAUUCAGCUCUAAAAUAUAUAUAAAACAAUCUUUAAACUUG